GUAGCUGAUAGCACAACUGAAAGCCGCCUUUGGAUUGUGUGUUGUCACUGAAGCCCCGGCACUCGUUAGACAUCUGACAAGAUGGCAGGAGAAAUCUUCACCAACUUGGAUAACCUCUUUAAUGUGGAUUGUGCCAAUGUCCACCCCCUGGUGUGUCACUUGUGCCAUGAGCAGUACCGGUCCCCGUGUUUGUUGGACUGCUACCACAUCUUCUGUGCCCGCUGCCUGCGAGGCCGGAUCAAUGACAACCGCCUCAGCUGCCCCCUCUGUGGAUACCCAUCCAUUUUGAAAGGGAACAGCUCCCUGCCUCCAGAGGACCGUCUGCUGAAGUUUCUGGUCGACAACAAUGCGGAAUCUGAGGAGACGGUGCAGUGUGCCAACUGCGACCAGGAGAGUGACAAAAAGGAUGCAGAGAUGAUGUACUACUGUAACACCUGCAGCCAGCCACUUUGCAGCACCUGCAGGGAGUUGACUCACAAAGCCAAAAUGUUUUCCCACCAUGAGAUUGUUUCCCUAGCCAAACGCUCCAGAGCCAAACACAGGAAGUGCUCUCUCCACGAGGAGACCUACAUCCUGUUCUCUACAGAGAACAAGUCCAUGCUCUGCAUCAAGUGCUUCAGAGACAUGCAAGUGGAGAGCCGGACUCACUGCAUUGAUAUUGAAACAGCGUACGUGCAGGGCUGUGAAAUGUUGGACCAGGCUGUGCUGGUGGUGAAGGAGCUGCAGACUUCAGCCAGAGAGGCCAUCAUUCUGCUGAGAGCCAUGAUAGGAGAAGUGUGUCUGAACGUGGAGGAAGAAGAGAGUGCAAUCUGUUCUCUGUUCAACAGCUUACAGGAAAAACUGGCAGAGAGGAAGAAGAUUCUCCUGAAAGCAGCUCAGAGUCAGCACGAGGAGAAGGAGAAAGCACUAAAGGAGCAGCUCUCACACCUUACUGCCCUCCUGCCAACCCUGCAGGUGCACCUCGUCACCUGCUCGGCUUUCCUCAGCUCAGCCAACAAGUUUGAAUUUCUGGACAUGGGCUACCAACUCAUGGAGAGGCUGAAGCGGAUUGUAAAGCUCCCUCAUCGACUGAGACCGGUGCAGAGCAGCAAAAUCAACACAGACUACAGGAUUGAGUUUGCCCGCUGCCUGGAGCCCUUAUUGCUGCUGGGUCAGCGCUGCCCUCCCUCUGUUUCCGGAUCUAUAAGUGUCGCAGCAAGGCACCAGUCUCCCCUCUCCGUGUGCUGCCACUCCCCGUCCCUCAGUGAGAUGCCGCUGGGCUCGGUGUGCGGGCGGAGGCCCACCUGUCACCGCAACAUCUGCACCAAGGUGCUGCUGGCGGAGGGGAGGGAGACCCCCUUCACCGAGCACUGCCGCAACUAUGAGAACACGUACAGGACUCUCCAGACAGAGAUUCAGAAUCUGAAGGACCAGGUCCAGGAGCUGCACCGGGAUCUGACCAAGCACCACUCCAUCAUCAACACGGAGAAGAUGGGAGAGAUCAUGGAGAGAUCGCUGAACAUCGACAGUCAGAUAGCUUCACAGCACUCCACCGUGGAAACUAUGAGAGUCAUGUUCGAGGAGAUCUGGGAGGAGACUUUCCAGAGGGUCACUAAUGAGCAGGAGAUCUACGAAGCCCAGCUGCAUGACCUGUUGCAGCUGAAGCAGGAGAACUCAUACCUCACCACCAUCACCAGACAGAUCAGCCCCUACAUCCUCUCCAUUGCCAAGGUCAAAGAGAGACUGGAGCCCAGGUUUCAGGAGGCUAAAGAGCAGCAGGACGACCGCACAGAAACUAUGCUGAAAAUCUAUGAAGACAACACAAUCGCCAAAGACAGUCAAGAAAGUGACAGCCAGAGUUGUGUCACAGAUCAAGACAGACACAAGAACAGCCGUCCGCUGAUGCUGGAGUCGGGGGAGAGCUCUGUAAAGACCAAUCGCUCCGGCAGGCCGAGGGUUCCCGUGGAGACGUCCAUCCACAACGAAAAGCCUUCAUAAACACCGUGACAUUUCUGCCCCCCUCUCUCCCGCCCCCCGCCCCUGCUCCUGUCCAGCAAUGUGCCUUAAUUCAGACAUAACAAGCUCGGGACAGGAUGUCACUUCCUAUGCUGUCUGCAUAACAUUCUCUCAGCAGUGGGAGGAAAGACCCUACCCAGAGGUACAUAAUGAACAUGGGACUGGAAGACUAAAAUAGACAAACAUCAUGAAGAAUUUUUUUUGUGAUAUUCAAGAGCCAUGGAGGGCUCAAAAAGUGAAUAGAGUGAUGCAGGGAUGAUGUAUUUUUUUCUAGGCCAACCUGGAAGUUAGCAUGUUAGCAAGUGCUCCCUCUAGCAGCAACAGGAUUUUUCCAUAUAAAAUAAGCUCUGUAGCAAACACAAGUAUAUGAGAAAUACACAUUUUGUUCAGCAGGAUAAUCCCCACAUAUUAACAACACUUUUAUAAUUGAUGUAGAGAGUAAAUGCAAUCGCCAGGAAUAAGCUAACGU